CAGAGUGCCUUGCCCGGAAGUGAUGCUGGAAAGGCCCCCCCCUCCGGGGAAGUGACGGCGGGGUGCCCUUGACUGGCGGGGAGGGCCGGGCCGCGCAUCCCUCCGCUCGCGCUGCAGGGAGAUGGCUCAGCGAUUUCUCCUGAGGAGGUUCCUGGCCUCUGUCACCUCCAGGAAACCACCUCAGGGUCGGUGGGCACCCCUCACCCCCAGGGCCCUGCAGCGAAGUCCUGGUGACAGCCCAACAGUAACACCCAACCAUGCCCGGUCACUAUACACCACCAGAGUCUGCACAACGACCUUUAAUAUCCAGGAUGGACCUGACUUUCAAGACCGAGUUGUCAACAGUGAAACACCAGUGGUGGUGGAUUUUCAUGCCCAGUGGUGUGGCCCGUGCAAGAUCCUGGGGCCGAGGCUGGAGAAGGUGGUGGCCAAGCAGCACGGAAAAGUGGUGAUGGCCAAGGUGGACAUUGACGACCACACAGACCUCGCCCUGGAAUACGAGGUGUCCGCCGUGCCCACCGUGCUGGCCAUCAAGAACGGGGAUGUGGUGGACAAGUUCGUGGGCAUUAAGGACGAGGACCAGCUGGAGGCCUUCCUGAAGAAGCUGAUUGGCUGACGAGCACGGAUGAGUCCUGGCUGCCCUCGCCCACCUGGGCCCCCCGCUAGAACUCCAACCUUCCGUGUUGGCCCUUCCCUCCUUCUCCCUUCUGUCCGGCCCCUGUGGACCCGUGCUUUGGAGAACGGGCCCCCAAACCUGGGAGCUUCCAGCUUCCGGGCCAGCUGACUGCCACUGACCUGGGGACAGCCGGCUUCCCACCCACUCUCUUUUGUCUGCCCCCACCAGGGCUCACCUCGUCCCCCCAGGGUGCCGGAGAGAGCCCCAGGCCGGCCAGCCCACGGCGCCGGGCUCCCCGGCCCCUUCUGGUCUGCACCCCGGUGCCUAGCCCAUCUGCCUCUUGCAGUUUUUCUCUCCUGCUGCUGGUCUGUGAAAAAGAAGACAGAAAACUGAAACCCAAACUAGUGAGAGUAAUCUAUAAUUCUCUCAUUUUGUGUAGGUCUGUAAUAAAGAACUUUAUGUGCUCCCUUCUACCUCCUGCUGUGAAGAACAGACCCUGGGCCCCACACGAAAUUACCCUGUAGCCCCCCCCCCCCCAGCCACCUUCCUGCCUCCCCAGGCACAAGGGCGGAGAACACGCACGGGGCAGGGGGGAGGGGCAGUCAGGCCGCUGCCUCCGGGAAGCCUCACUGUGAACAGACCAGACCAAUAAAGCCAAGGUUUGCUCUGUC